AUGGCUGGUGGUUUACGGUCUCAACAGUGGGGGUGGCGGCUCCGGUCGUCUACUUCCGACCUCCCUAACGGACGCAACACCCACUCUAAGCCACUCUGUCGGCUGAGGAAGAUACGAAAGUUCACGGUGGCAGCUGUGGAGGGGACGGCGGUGGAGAGACAAGGUUGGAAAGGUGGCGAUGCUGGUGGUGGAGAUCACUUGCGGAUUGAUGAAAUUGGAAAGCAGUGUUGGGUUGCCGAACAUGAGGUUCUGGAAAAGAAAGAAAAGGAGGAUGAGGAUAGAAGACAUACUAAAUUUAAGGCUAAACGUGUUGCAGAUGAAGUGUGUAACACCCCGAUUCUCAGGUAUUGA